AUGGACGAUGAUGUCAGGGCAGAGAGGAAGCGGAGGUAUCAGCUUCAGCAGCAAGUUGAGCGACAAGCGCGGCAGCCACUGCACCAACCAGUGCUUGUGGAGGGACACGCAUCAGGGCCGACGAAUGCGGCAAUUGCUCAAGCUGCGCCGCCAGGUGGCCUCUCGCAGCCGGCACGAUCGGCGCAUCCGAGCUUGCCACACCGGCAAAGUGACGCAGACUGCACGGAAGGCCAUUGCUUGCCAGUCUCCUUCGGGAUUGGUGGCCUUCUGGUCUGCGCCAAGAGCGCAUGCUUUGGAUCUCUGCUGUUGCUGUUUGGGUCAAGCACUGUCCUGAGCAAGAACUUGCCCUCGGAUGCAUCGUUUGAGCAGUUUUUCUCGAAGUGGUUCUACCAGGAGUUCUUCCCCAAGAUUGCCCAAAAGCUGCAGGCGGAGUUGUCAGAACGAGCGCGCUCGCAAAACAUCUUAGCUGGGUGGGCAUCGCAUCUCCAGAGUUGGGUCCUUGACAGAACGCAGACCUUGCACGCAACAGUGUGGUACGAAGUCUGUGCGAAGCAGGCGCUGCCUCCACAGUUCUCGAGCUGGUGGUGCGUGCGAACGGCGACCGUGAACCUCGGAUCCCCGUCUCGUCCAAGUCUUGUGACUUUCUGGGGGGCAGCAGGCAACUGGUUCCUGCCACCUUGGGCAGAGGCAGAUCUUGACAACAUGUCGAUGAUAGAUUCGGCGCUCGGCGGGCUAUCCUGA